UUUUUUUUUAUUUCUAUGUGUAAAUCCAGGGAUUACACCCACAGCUGUCGGGCAGUCAGGAAUGCCUUACCAGCACGGUGAAUGUCCGAAGCACAGAGUGUCUGGAGGCUGGCGCACUGCAGUGGGUAUGAGUGGGUACCAGGUAUGGAUGCUGGCUGCCGCGGUGACACCAGCGAGGCUGGAGAAGGAGGACUGCACCCACCUGGCAGGAGAUGACAGGUGGAAAUGAAUCCUGUACUGCAGGACCAACAUCUAUGUCCUACUUAUCUUGCCUGACUUACAUUCUGGAAGAAUGGACCGGUGUGGAGGAUAUUGGAGAUUAUCUGAGUUAUGCAUUCUACAUUUUAUGGUUGCUUUUUCCACUUGUAGUAGUCUUUGUACUUCCAGGAGUUAUCGUCAUUCUCUUCUACAUUUCCAUUCUCUGGCUUCAUAUUUAUAAAAGGAAGAAUGAAAUAAAGGAAGCUUAUUCCCAUGAUGUUUGGAUAGGUGCAAGAGAAAUGUUGGCGACCAUAUGGGAUGGACAUGGAAGAAUAUGGCAUGGUUAUGAGCUUCAUGGUGUGGAAAAUAUUCCUCAAGGACCAGGACUCGUUGUGUUUUAUCAUGGAGCUACUCCUGUUGAUUAUAUCUAUUUCUCAGCUAGACUUCAUAUAAUGAAGAAGAGACGCUGCAGCGUAGUAGCUGAUCAUUUUGUCUUCAGAUUACCAGGUUUUAGAAUACUACUUGAGGUAUUUGGAGUUAUACAUGGACCAAAAGAAGCUUGUGUCAGGACUCUGGAGGAGGGCCAUCUGUUAGCCAUUGCCCCAGGUGGGCUGCGGGAGGCACUCUUCAGUGAUGAAAUGUAUACUAUUUUGUGGAGUGAUCGGAAGGGCUUCGCUCAGGUGGCCAUUGAUGCAAAAGUGCCCAUCAUUCCUAUGUUUACACAAAAUGUUCGAGAAGGCUUUAGGACAUUAGGAGGAAUAAAAAUACUUAGGUCGCUAUAUGAGCGUAUUAGAUUGCCAGUAGUUCCUCUGUACGGGGGAUUUCCUGUCAAGCUACGUACAUUUAUCGGAGAACCCAUUCCAUAUGAUCCAAAUAUGACUGCUGAGGAACUAGCUGAAAAGACAAAAGCAGCAGUCCAAGCUCUCAUAGAAAAACAUCAGAAAAUACCAGGAAAUAUAUUUAGGGCUUUAAUGGAACGAUUUCAAACACAAAAGAAAGAAGAUUAAGGUCUUCUGAACUUAAACUUCUAUAACUACUAUUUAGUUAUAAUAUUCUUAAAGUGACAUUUGUAAAUUAUUCAUUCUUCUAAUAAUAGGUUUUAAAUACUGUCCUAAUGAUACUGCUGUAUAAUUUAAGAUAGAAGUCACUUGCCCUUACCCUUUCCCCUGUCCACUAUCAAGCUCAGUAACCCAAACUUCAAAUCAUUCAUAAUGGGGCAAAGUUUAAUUUUUCAUAAAUGCAUUCCUACCUUGGAAGUGUCUGGGUUGUUGAUUCUGGGUUUGUUUUGGCAUUUUUCUUCUAAAUGGUACUGCAAGCUUUUAUGUAUAUUGUCUGUCUUCCUUUUGAUCUGUCAUUGUCACCCAUCCCCACCAUGAUGGAUCUCUAACCUGAGUGUCAGACCCUCUGCAGAGCUAGAAUCUUACUGUCUUGACCUUCUUCAGUGUCAGGUGGUUUUGUGGGCUGCCAUACAACACGUUUGAAAACUUUCCUGAGAUUGUUACUCUCACACUGCUGGGAAACAGUCCACCACUUUUGGCCUGCAGAACCUCUGCCAAUGCCUGCAAAACCUGUGUUGCAAAGUGUUUAGUUUUGCUGGGUGAGCUCAGAAAGGGUUCCGAGGAGUGAAAAUUGAUUAGAGAACUACAGUGAUCCAAGGAGGUUUGUUAUGGAAACCACUCCGGUGCUGUGAAUGAGAGCCCUACAACACAACUGCUAUUCCAAGCCGAGACAUAAUGGAUAUCUGCCUUUGAGUAGAGACUUGUCCCAUUUAUUUCUCAGUGAAUCUACAAAUUCUCUUUUGAACAAUGAGCCAAACAUUCAAACAUCAAGAGGUAGAGAUGAGAGUACUGUAUAGUAACAUGAGCUCAAAAAUUUGUAUUUUGAUGGAAAGAGAAAAUUGUUACAACACUGUACAAGCAGUAGUUUUUUUGAAAAACAGGACUGGCAUUCCCAAAUACCCUUUAGAUUUAGUAUGUGGGUAAACUAUUAAAUAUAUUCUUUAAACAGUUAAUUAUGUAAGUUAAAUAAUGAAGGAGAGGGAAGUUCUGUAUACUUUCCUUAAGUGAAAACAAUUGAAUCAACAGGAGAGAGUUGCAAGAUUGGGUUUUUGUGCACUUACAGCGAAUUAUAUUAUUGUAUUUUUUAUUAGCUAAAGCCUAUGGUUUUAUUGUCCAAAUAGGAAAUAUCUGAAAUAUUUCUUCUAAUUUCCAGGACAAGUUUAAACUUUCCUAAAAAAAAAAUACCCCCUCCCCACAAAAAAAAGCAACAAAUAACCAUCAUUUGAAGGAGAAGUUGUAUUCAAUAUAGUAGUCAUUCCUCUCACCAUUUAAGCACAUACUUAUGCUCUUUUAAAUGUGUAAAUCAGUGACAUUUUUUAAGUGCAGAUGGGUGAUGCCCUGUGUUAGAAAAAUAUCACAUAAUGGGAAAUUGUCUAUCAAAAGUGGUUUACAAGAAGCAAAGGGUGUACUUAUUUUGAUAUCAUUUUAUACCAAAAACAUUUUACAUGGUGUUAAAUUUUUUCAAGCUCUGGGAAGAAUCAUGGUGUAUAAAAGCAAAUGCCCAUUCUGAACUUUUUGAAAUGACUUGGGUUUUACUUGAAGGCAAGAUUGUGUUCCUUUUAUUUUCUUGGACUGUGUUUCAAAUAUACUGUUAACAUUAAAAGUGAUGCUGAAUUCCUGCACUGAAGUAUAACUUAAGUAUGACCUUUUUUUUACUGUCCAUCUUGAGAAAAAUGUACAUCAGUCUAUGUUGUGAACAUCUCAAAGGCAGCUGAACAACUUUUGUGUCGAGGUUGCAUAUAUGUAAAAGAGAACUCAGUCUAAAAGGUUCUGUUAGAUAUGAACGGACAUUGUUAUCAGAGAUUUUGCAAAAUUUAUUUUAUUAAGUAUGUGGGCUAUUUGCUGCAAUUUUGUCCCUUUAAGUAUUGAAAGAUCAGUAUAAAAAAUGAAGGGCAGUAUUGGUACUAAGUGUUCAUAUUUGUAUAGGCCUUUCAUAUUUAUUUCUAUAUAUUAAAAAUAUAAGAAGACACCUUUUGAAUAAAAUUGACAACUGGAGCAGA